AACCAUCAGCACCGCAGCAGCCACCUCCCAAAGACAAGUCAACCUCACCGAGGAGAAGCAGAGAGAAGGGAGAAGAUGUCGGGGCGCGGUAAGGGAGGAAAGGGGCUCGGCAAGGGCGGGGCCAAGCGCCACCGGAAGGUGCUCCGGGACAACAUCCAGGGCAUCACCAAGCCGGCGAUCCGUCGUCUGGCGCGGCGGGGCGGCGUGAAGCGCAUCUCGGGGCUCAUCUACGAGGAGACCCGCGGCGUGCUCAAGAUCUUCCUCGAGAACGUCAUCCGCGACGCCGUCACCUACACCGAGCACGCCCGCCGCAAGACCGUCACUGCCAUGGACGUCGUCUACGCGCUCAAGCGCCAGGGCCGCACCCUCUACGGCUUCGGCGAAAUACGCUUUCCAAACUGUCCUAGCAACAGCCUGAGUUUACGUCUCCGAACCAGAAAUCCGUCCAAAAUUUCGCGGCAGCGAGCGACGCGCCCCGCGCAAAAAAAUCCAUCCAAAAACUGCGGGGUCCCACCCGCCAUAGACCCACCGAUGCGCAGACGCUCCUCGCAUUCCCGCACCCCGCUUCCUCCUCAGAAAAGAAACACACCUCCGCCGCCACGUCACCGAUCCGCGGCACCCCUCGUCCUCGCUCCCCUCCAUCGACCCCCCAUCCGACGGAUCGCACCCCGCAUCACGCGGAUCGCGGCCGCCCCCGGGCACAAAGCCAGCAGCUAUAAAUUCGCCUCGCCCCAGAAGCCUGCUCCAUCCACCUCAUCGCUCUACACCUCACAAAGACAGGUCAACCUCACCGAGGAGAAGAAAGGAGAAGCGAGAAGGAUGUCGGGGCGCGGCAAGGGAGGCAAGGGUCUGGGCAAGGGCGGCGCCAAGCGCCACCGGAAGGUCCUCCGCGACAACAUCCAGGGUAUCACCAAGCCGGCGAUCCGUCGUCUGGCGCGUCGGGGCGGCGUGAAGCGCAUCUCGGGGCUCAUCUACGAAGAGACCCGCGGCGUGCUCAAGAUCUUCCUCGAGAACGUCAUCCGCGACGCCGUCACCUACACCGAGCACGCCCGCCGCAAGACCGUCACCGCCAUGGACGUCGUCUACGCCCUCAAGCGCCAGGGACGCACCCUCUACGGAUUCGGAGGCUAGGCCACCACCGCCGCCAGAUUAGAGUGUCUAGGGUUCGUGGUCUUUGAUGUAAUCGCAGUAUCUCGCUGUUGUUUGCUAUCUUCUGUAGAAUGGAAUUGAAUGGAAAUCGAACUAGUUUAUCCUUGAAA